AUGCAGCACCUCCGAACCCGACUGCGGCUGCUCCCAGCCCUUCGUACUCUCCCACGCCAGCCUGCUCGCCGCUUUGCGACAGAGGCUCGGUUAACCUCGGACCACGUCCGCAUCGUCGAAGUAGGCCCGCGAGAUGGCCUGCAGAACGAGAAGAAGGCCAUCCCUCUCGAGACCAAGAUCCAGCUGAUCGAGAAGCUUGCGAAGACCGGCGUGACGACCAUCGAGGCGGGCUCGUUCGUGCCGGAGAAAUGGGUGCCCCAGAUGGCAAGCACUUCGGAGAUUCUCCAGCAUCUGCUGAAGUCCCCUCCUCAGUCCCAGCAUACGAUUGCCUACAACUACCUGGUCCCCAACGUCAAGGGCUUGGAGAACCUGGUCAAGAUCAUGGACGCUGAGGGUGCUACCGCGGAGUCGCCCGCCACUGAGUCCAAGCCCGGGACAAGAACGGAGAUUUCCCUCUUUGCCGCCGCGACUGAAGCCUUCUCCAAGGCGAACACAAACUGCACGAUCGCCGAGUCUCUGGAGCGGGUGCGCCCCAUCAUGGCGCUGGCGAAGUCCAAGAAUAUCCGCGUGCGCGGAUAUGUGUCUGUGGCUUUGGGCUGUCCGUACGAAGGCCCCGACGUUCCUCCGUCGAAGGUCGCCGAGAUUACUGCAUCCCUGCUGGAGAUGGGGGCGGACGAGGUUUCAGUCGCCGACACGACCGGGAUGGGGACUGCGCCCCGGACAUUGGAGCUCUUGAAGACCCUCUCUGCGGCAGGGAUCGCCACUAGUGACCUGGCUCUUCAUUUCCACGAUACCUAUGGGCAAGCCCUGGUCAACACGAUUGUCGGACUCGAGCAUGGGAUCCGAGUGUUCGACAGCAGUGUCGGCGGACUGGGCGGCUGCCCGUACUCCAAGGGCGCGACCGGCAAUGUCGCGACCGAAGACCUGGUCCAUACGCUCCACAGCCUGGGCAUGCACACGGGGAUCGACCUGGAGGAGAUGUCCCGGAUCGGAUCGUGGAUCAGCAAGGAGCUCGGGCGUCCUAACGACAGCAGGGCAGGGAAAGCAACGGUGGCACGACUUGAGGGAUAUAAGUGCCAGUAA